AUGGGUCUGGAAGACGGUGCGCCCGACGAGAUCCGCAUCGCCAGCCAAUGGAAACCCACAGCCGACGGGCGGCCGCUGGGACUGGCGGCGUUCGCGUGCACGACCUACAUCAUGUCCGCAUUCAACGCCGGCUGGGCGCCCGACUUCAUCUGGAUCGGGGCGGGGCUCUUCUACGGCGGGCUGGGGCAGCUGUUAGCGGGGAUGUGGCAGUUCAAGCGCAACUGCACGUUCACGGCCACCGCCUUCUCCACGUACGGCUGCUUCUGGAUGUCGCUCGCCGCCUUCAAGAUCCUCGAAAUCUCCAAACUCCUGCCGAAGGAGACAAUGCCGGAGGUGGUGGACGCGGUGGGGUGGUUCCUGCUGGCGUUCUUCCUGUUCAACACGUACGUGCUCGCGGCGUCGCUCAUGAUGUGCGUGGUGGAGGUAGUGGUCUUCUUCCUGCUCGAGCUCACGCUGCUCUGCCUCUUCGUCGGCCACCUCAAGGGGCAGCCCGCCGGCCUCACGGCGUCCUGGACCAUGGCGGGCGGCUACUUCGGCCUCUUCACCGCCAUCGCUGCGUGGUACUACUCGUUCGCAUGCCUGUUCAACUCGCUCAUCAAGAAGCAAGUCAUCCCCGUGGGGCCGCCGCUCAUCAAGUUCAACGUCGAAUAA